AUGACGGAGUGGGGCCAAGUGGCGGUUUUCAAUUUAUUGAUUUCUUAUUUUCCAAAAACUGCCGAAGAGAAAUUUGAUUUGCUGAACAUCCUCGACAACAGACUCAAAAGCUCUUCCGCUGCUGUUGUCCUGCUAGCCAAGGGGGAGCCUUUGCUGCUGCGGCAGGCAGUGCAGCGGCUUGCUGCUCCGCUGCUGACGCUGGUCUCCACUUGCUGCUGCGAACUGGCCUACGUCGUGCUGCAGCACUUGCUGCUGCUGCUCGAGACGCCUGAUGGCGAGGGUUUUCGUUUGGCUUUGGAAAAAGAAUACCAGCAAUUCUUUUGUCGGCACAGUGACCCUUCUUACGUGAAGUACACGAAGCUCAAGAUUCUCACUGCCAUCACCACUGAGGCGAGCGCGCCCGCAGUGCUGCAGGAGCUGAAGGAAAGCGCCUGCGACGCAGACGCUAAUGUGGGGAGAGAAAUAAUCAGCAGCAUGGGAGAAAUUGGUUUGCUGCUGCCUUCAGCAGCAGCAGAAGUCGUGGGUUUGGUCUUGUCGCUGCUGGAAUACGAAAUCGACUUCGUGAUGGGCGCGGCCUUUGGCGUCUUCAGAGACUUGCUCAGGAAAUACAGAGAAAUGAUAGACAGGCUGGUUGACGCUGUUGAAAAAUACGGCCCGAAAGUCACCGGCGCUGACCUUGCCUCUGUCCUCUGGAUCGUCGGAGAGUUUGGCUCUGUCAUUCCAGAGGCUCCUUACAUCGUCGAAGCUGUCGCCGACAGAUUCCUCGAGGAAGAACCCACUGUCCAGCUGGAGUUGCUGUCAGCAGCAACUAAACUCUUCUUCUCCAGGCCAGGAGAAGUUCAGCCCUUCUUGGGAAAUCUGCUGAGACAGGCCCUGGGGGAACACUGCAACUUCGAUGUUCGAGAUAAGGCUCUCUUUAUUUACAGGCUUAUCAAGGCUGACGUAGAC